AUGUUUACCAAGGACUUCACAGUCGCCGGGCUAGCAGCCCUAUCUUUGGUCGCUCAAUCCCAAGCAGGACCUACCUUAGGCACUUCUCAUCUUAAAGCAAGAGCUCUCUUGGGUACCUCUUUCGGUGUUCCUGGGCGCAACGCAACCUAUGAUUACGUUGUCGUUGGUGGUGGCAAUGCUGGUCUUACUAUCGCAAUGAGAUUGGCUGAGUCUAACUCUGGUACCGUAGCUGUCGUUGAGGCUGGAACUUUCUAUGAGAUCAGCAAUGGAAACAUUUCUCAAGUUCCUGCCACUGAUGGUGUCUUCGCUGGAAAAGGUGCCAGUGAUUGGCAACCUCAGAUCGAUUGGGGUUACCAAACCACCGCGCAAUCGGGAGCCUACAACACUUCUCUUCACUAUGCCCGUGGUAAGACCUUGGGUGGUUGCUCUGCUAGAAACUUCAUGGUCUACCAACGUGGUACAGCUGGAUCCAUGCAGAAGUGGGCCGACCAAGUCGGCGAUGAUGCCUACGAAUGGGAUAACUUCCUUCCUUACUUCCAGAAGUCUGUCAACUUCACCGCCCCUGACAUGAGCCUUCGAUCUGCCAACUCCACUCCCCAAUUCGUUGCUGCCGAAGCUGCAAAUGCUCCAGCUACUGGACCACUUUCAGUCACUUGGUCCCACUACGCCCAAGCCUUCGGUACCUGGGCCAUUGAAGGUCUUGCUCAGAUCGGCAUACCAGUUAUCCCUGGAUUUUUGGGCGGAUCUUUGAUCGGAUCUUCAUACCCUACUUUCACCUUGGAUGCUGAAAGAAUGACACGUGAAUCUUCUGAAACUUCUUUCCUCCGCGCUGGAAUGAAAUCACCUGACCUUAAGGUUUACACUCUCUCCAUGGCCAAGAAAAUUCUCUUCGACGACACCAAGACUGCAACUGGUGUUCUUGUCGAAACUGGUGGCUACCCAUUUACUUUGACCGCCAACAAGGAAGUUAUCUUGUCUGCUGGUGUUUUCGGAUCUCCACAAAUUCUCAUGGCGUCUGGUGUUGGACCUGCAGCUGAAUUGAGUGCCAUCGGUGUUGAUGUUAUCGCUGAUCGCCCAGGUGUCGGAAAAGGAAUGCAAGACCAUAUUUUCACUGGUAUCGCAUACCGUGUCAAUGCUCCUACCAUCUCGAAACUCGGAAACGAUCCCGCGUUCGCUGCUGAACAAGCUGCUCUAUACGAAAACACCCCGGCUUCUGGUAUGUACAGCAGCCCUAACACUGAUGUUCUCGGAUGGGAAAAGAUUCCAGAAAAGUACAGAAGCGAAUGGAGCAACGAGACUCAAACUGCUUUGGCUGCUUACCCUUCUGACUGGCCUGAGGUUGAGUACAUUGCCAUCUCCUCUUUCUUGGGCAACCAAGUCGUCUUGGGAUCUGACCCAAGUGAUGGAUACAACUAUGCCACAUUGUCUGUUGCCCUUGUUGCUCCUCGAUCCCGUGGAUCCCUCACCAUCACCUCCCCAGACACCAACGUCGCUCCAAUCAUCGACCCAGGCUUCUUGACCGAGCAAUCUGAUGUCGACAUCAUGGUAGCUGCCAUCAAGCGUAUCCGUGAAUUCUAUGCCACCGAUGCUCUUCAAAGCUUCGUCAUCGGUGAUGAGUACUUCCCAGGUUCUAACGUCUCUACCGAUGCUCAAAUCGAGUCCUUCGUCCGAACCAGUUUCAACACUAUCUGGCACGCAACAUCCACCUGCUCCAUGGGUCCGGUCAAUGAUACCAACACUGUCGUUGAUACUCAAGCCAGAGUUCUUGGUGUUUCCGGCCUCCGUGUUGUUGAUGCUGCCGCUUUCCCACUCCUUCCUCCUGGACAUCCUAUGUCCACAGUUUAUGCUUUCGCUGAGAAGAUUGCUUGCGACAUCAUCGGCUGUUAA